AUGCCUUCCUCAGAGAAAGCCAAUUUGCAGGCACAUUUUAAUCGCCAGAGCCAGGCGGAGGCGCCCUCAUCCACGCCCGGCGAUCUCCCACCAGCUUAUGAGAAUACGGUCGUCUCUACAAAUACAAGCAACUCGCAUCCGACCAGCCCAUCCCACCUCAGAGCCAGAACCAGACCGAGGCCCAACAGCGCCCCCAUCAAUACCCCCAGCCAAAAUCCCCUCAAAACGCUUUCCCGGCUCUCAUCUCUAAACCUCUCGUCCUACGGCGUGCGCGACGCAAAGCUCUCCGACGACCACACAACACUAACGACAUCUCGCGACGAGCUGGCCACGACACAAUAUGCACUGGCGAAGUUCAUCCACGACCAAGCCGCGCUGCCGCCCAAACCCGUCAUGGUCAUCAGAGGCACGCAUGCGUCGUACGGCACGCACGGCGGCACGGCGGUUGAUUUCGAACUGAAGCUGAAUCUGAUGGGGAUGUUGGAUCUGGAAUCCGACGGACCGGAUUUUGAUGGGACGGGAAGAAGCAGGCUGAGGGUGAAGGCAUUCCCGCACCAGCAGCAGCAGGCUGGAAGUUCGUCGUCGUCGUCACAGCAAGGCUUAGGCUCAACACCAACACCAACAACAACAACAACAACAGCAACAUCAUCAUCCUCAUUAUCAUCAUCACCGCUCUUCAAACGCAGCAGCUCAACCAACCCAAACCUCAACCCAUUAGACUGCUGGAUUCAAAAGUUCACGAGCCACUCCUCAACAAAAGCCGACAACCGCUCCUUCACCCUAACGCGGGUAACGCUGAACAUGCCGCGCGCAAUCCUCGAAGGCCACGUGCGCACACUCAUCGCCGCGACGAAAUACCGCGGGAAAGUGACGGUCGAGUUUCCCGUCCUACAUAGCACGGUUACGGUCGAGCGGCACAACGGCAACUGGUUCACGAACCUGCUGAACAUCACUCCCACGAAGACCUUCGAUGUCGUGCAGAGUGUUUGGUCUAUCGGCGGUGAGCCCGGGCAGCGGGAGACUGGAGACGGAGAGUUGGUGGAGUUUGCGGAGAGUGACGAGCGGGGAGGUGAGCGAGAUGAUACCGCAGACAGGAAUGCGAGAGCAGGGCUCGUGGCGCAGGAGUGGUGGAGCGAAUGGCAGGGCGCAAUCUGGAAUGCUGUCCUGGCAGGCAGGCACGGCUGGAUUACCGUCGAGGACUGGCUUGAGGCCAGCAUGGGCGUCAGGCAGAAGGAUAAAGGCAAGGAGUGGGGGGUGGAUUACCAGGGUUGA